AUCGUGGAGCUAGGUGUUAUGCUGCCAUAGCGUCAAAUAUUUGGAACACUUUUGAAAAGAGUGGUAAGAACCUGUUGAGGGACGAUGGACUAAAAUUCUUGCUAAUAGGGUGUGAGGAAGGGAACGUUGCAGUAACAACUGUUAAUAACAUGCUUUUAUGCCUUGUCGCAAUGCCCGAAGUUGAUUUAGGAAUAAUGAAAGCAAAGAUUGAUGCCCUGACAAGACAUCUUGAAAAACAUUUUCAAGUGGCCGAACACUCAUAA